GCCAAAGCUCCACGGCAUGGCCCAUGGCUAGUUGCCCGUGUCCAUGCGCAGCUACCUGAUGCUUCCUAAAGCCCACUGCGCGUGCUGAGAAGAGCAGUGAUGGACGUGACCGUCAGCAUCCAUGAUUGGAAGAGCCUAUCCCAGUCAGAGAUCAUCGUGCGGCAUUUGUAUGCAAUCCUUCAGAUUGGGCAGACUGUCCGCAAAGGAAAUGGCUUGUCCAUGUACAAUGCAGAGUUUCGAUCUGGCUCGGCUGAAAUCCCUUUGAUCCUCAGCAUCAAGAAUAGCCAGACGGAGACUACCAUGUAUGUGAGGAACAUUCCGAUGUCUGCAGUGUUGGAUCGUGGUGGUCUUCAGCAGAGAUGGGUGGCGGUAUACCCUCCAGGUGACCCUCUGAAUCUACACUUUGAUCCUAUGCAGUUGCCCCGUGAUGGUUCUCCCCAGGUUUGUCUCAGCGUUGCCGUGCAUGAAGAUCUCUUGGCGACGGUGGCAAACCUUCCAGUGGACGACCAUUUCGCCAGCGCUGCUUCGAGCGGCGCCUUUGGAAGCUGGCGUUUCUCCCCAGAGCUGCGGUCGAGCGAUGCAGUCCCUGCAUCUGACAAGGUAGACCAGCUGAGGCGGUCCAUCACAUCUUUGCAGGCUGAGAUGAAGCUUUCGCAGGAUCGAGGUGACAGCGAGCGUGGCGUCGCCUUUGCCCGGGAAAGCUUGUUGUCAGUGGCUGGAGGAAGUCACCAUGGCCCCCGCAGUUCCCCGGGCAGCGAGCUGAUGCCUGGCGGCGAUUUGGCACCCUGGCCUUCCAUUGCAGCCAAGAACAAGGUCGAGCUGGACUCAUGGCUCAAGGAGAAGGAAAGACAGGCGCAGAAGAUCAAGGAGCACGUGGAGGACAUGGCAAAAGCUCAACGAAGGGCCGAGGAGUGCGGUGUGAAGCAGAGUAUGACAAUCAGCGCAUGCAUUUGCAGCCAUGCCUUAGGACUGGUCACGCUGGUCUCAAAGAGCUUGCUGCAAUGUUUCAGACUAAAGCUUUUUAAGAUCAGCAGAGAAAGUGCGGUGCGUGGAACCUUGGGAGCCAUGGGGGCGGUGAACUGUACGUCCUGUGCUGCAUCAGAUAAGGACACGCAGCUGGUUUUUGAUCUUCAGAGCCACUUUGCUCCGGUCUUCGAGCCGCCCUUUGAUCCUCUCAACGUCUUGAGCGAGGAUCUGUUUGAUGACAAGGUCAUGGCAGAGAGGCUCCCCAGCUCUGUGGUCCAACGCUUCAAGGAGUGUCUCAUUACGGGAGCUCCCACCACGGAGGAGGACAUGACAGUGAUUGCCGACAUGAUGUUCGCGUGGGCACGCGAGCGUGGAGCUAUUGACUUCUCUCACUGGUUUUUCCCGAUGCGCGGUGGCGGAGGUGCUGUGGGUGGUAUGCUGGGUGCCUACAAGCAAGACACCUUGAUUGACUUGGAGUUCGCUUCCAAGUUCACCACAAAGCCUAUGAAGGCCACGCUCCCUUCGGACCGUCUAUUUCAGGGUGAGACCGAUGGCUCCUCCUUCCCCAACGGUGGGCUGCGAGUCACGCACUCUGCAGCAGCCUUUACCACUUGGGAUCGGUCCUCGCCACCCUUUGUUGCUUGGCAAUGGCAGAUUUUCAUCAAAUUUGGCGAUGGCCUCUUAAGUUGUUUCGGACUUGAUGUGGGAGGCAUCGAUGAGAAGACACCGCUACUUCGAUCCAUGGAUGCAGUAAAGAAGGAAGGCCUAAGGUUGCUGAAGGCUUCGGGCUUGGGCAAAGAUGUGCAGACCAUCUACAGCUACCUGGGCUGGGAACAAGAAUUCUUUGUGAUCAAGGCCGAACACUACAAGGCACGGCCUGAUUUGGUCAACACAGGCCGAACCUUGUUCGGUAAGUUGCCAACCAGACAUCAGCAAGGAGAUCUCAACUACUUUGCUCCGGUUCCUGGAAAUGUCCAGCUUCUUCUGGAUCGAGUUCAGGCGGUGAUGUUGAGGCUUGGUUGCCCGAUGGCAGUGAAGCACAAUGAGGUGGCACCAGGGCAACAUGAGAUGUCCCCAGUCUUUCGUGUGGCGAACGUCUCCUGUGACACGAACGUCCUUUUUAUGGAGGUCAUGAACCGCGAGGCUGCAAAGAUGGGCUUGCAGGUUCUGUUCCACGAGAAGCCAUUCGCUGGAAUCAACGGCAGUGGUAAGCAUGCCAAUUGGUCUGUGGGCACGGACACUGGCUUGAACUUCUUCUACCCAGGCAAGACUGAGGAGGGUGCCAAGCUCUUCGUGACGGGCAUUGCCUGCUUGGCAUAUGGCCUGAGUCAACACAACGAGUUGGUGCGCUGCUCCGUGGCCACGGCAGGCAAUGACCAUCGCCUGGGUGCACAAGAGGCGCCACCAGCCAUCAUUUCUCUGUACCCUGGACAAGGCUUUGAGAAGUACGUGGACAGCGUCAUUGCUGGAGGAGAUCUUCUGGGCUACAAGGCAGAGAAGAAGAAGCAGGCUACCGGAUGCUCACAAGCCGACCCCAUCGAGGCAAAUGUGGAGGAUCGAAAUCGCACUGCUCCCUUCCCUUUCUGCGGGAAUCGCUUCGAGUUCAGAGCGGUUGGCUCAUCUCAGAAUUGCAACCUGCCCGUUAUGGUGUGUAAUGCCAUCAUGGCAUCGGGCAUGGCCCACCUGGCAGAUCUCAUUGAAGGUGGCCUCAGCCACCGGGAUGCGGUGGCCAAGAUGUUCAAGGAGAACAAACAUGUGGUCUUCACUGGCAACGGCAAUUCAGGGGAAUGGAAACAAGAAGCAGCAAAGCGAGGUCUUCCAAAUCUGAACACAACGCCCAAAGCAUUGUCAACAUGGAAUUCGGACAAGAACAAGGCACUGUUCGAAAAGCUGGGUAUCUACACAAAAGAAGAGACUGAAGCAAGACAAGAGGUGAUGUUGGAGAACUACAUCACCUCUUUGAAGAUUGAGGCAGAGACAAUGAUCCAAAUGGUGGACACUGCCAUCGUGCCUGCGUGCGCCAAGGACACCAGUUGCAUGGUGGGGUCCUGGAUGCAGCUGCUACUCGAACCCCUGGCCUUGAAGCAUUUGAAGCAUGUUGUGCGUGGCAGCACACUUAUACCUAGAAUCCACUGA